AUGAGCAAGACGACUUCACCCGCACCAAAACCGGCUGCGAGUAAUAAAGGAGAAAUGAAAGAAGGAAAGGAGGGUGAGAAGAACAUUUUGCAGAGUAAUAUCAUAGCUGCGAAGAGCGUUGCCGACGCCGUCCGUACUUCAUUAGGACCACGUGGGAUGGACAAGAUGAUUAUUUCCCCGAGUGGAGAGACCCUUAUUACAAAUGAUGGGGCAACUAUCAUUCAACAGAUGAAACUUCAACACCCAUGCGCCAUGAUGAUGUCCGAAUUGUCUAAAUCACAAGACAUUGAAGCUGGUGACGGAACUACAACCGUCACUAUUAUGGCUGGCGCAAUGCUUUCCUCAGCAAACAUUCUUCUCUCGAAGGGUAUUAACCCUUCUGUCAUUGCUCGAGCAUUCCACAAAAGUGCGAAAAAGUCACAAGAAAUCCUUCAGGAGGUGUCAACACCAAUCGACCUUUCUAAUCGAGAACUCUUGAUUAAAGCGGCUUCAACCUCUUUGAAUUCUAAGGUCGUCAAUCAGUCCACUGCACUCUUCGCACCAAUUGCAGUCGACGCAGUCAUGAAGGUCAUUGAUAUCAAAACCGCUACAAACGUCGACUUGAGAAACAUCCGAGUCACCAAAAAGAUCGGAGGAACAACAGACGACACUUCAUUGGUCGAUGGGUUAGUCUUCUUACAACGAGCUUCACACGUCUCGGGCGCUCCAACUAAAAUGGAAAAGGCGAAGAUUGGGGUUUGCCAGUUCUGCAUUUCACCACCAAAGACAAAUAUGGAAGGAAAUGUUGUUAUUACGGACUACGCACAGAUGGACAAAGUGCUGAAAGAAGAGCGCGCAUACACUUUGAAGAUCUGUCGAGCUAUUCAAAAGAGUGGGUGUAACGUCCUUUUAGUGCAAAAGUCUAUCUUACGUGAUGCGGUGUCUGACUUGGCCCUCCACUUCCUGUCCAAGUUGAAGAUCAUGGUAGUCAAAGACAUUGAGAUGAAAGACGUUGAGUUCAUUUGUAAGACUAUAGAAGCCGUCCCAAUUGCAUCAGUUGAAGGGUUCACUUCAGACAAAUUGGGGAGUGCCGAGUUAGUGGAAGAGGUUUCGACUGAUGACGAGGACAAAGUCGUCAAGAUCACUGGAGUUACUGGAACCGCUCCCUGUGUGUCUGUAUUAGUCCGUGGAGCCAAUAGAUUAGUCUUGGAUGAAGCGGAAAGAUCAUUGCAUGAUGCUUUGUGUGUAGUAAGAAGUUUAGUGAAAACAAAGUACCUUUGUCCUGGUGGAGGAGCCAUGGAGAUGGAGUUGUGUUGCCAAUUAAAGAAGUGGGCGGAGACUCUUGGUGGAGAAGAAGGGAUGUGUGUGAAAGAGUAUGCUGAAGCGUUUGAAGUGAUUCCAUUUACUUUAGCUGAGAAUGCUGGGUUGAACCCCAUGCAGUUAGUGACUGAGUUGAAAGUCGCUCAUUUGAAUGGAAAGAAAAACAUGGGGAUUUCCAUCAAAAAGGGGAGUGGAUGCCAAGGAAGUAUUGAAGAUAUGGAAAAACUCGAUGUUGUCAAUCCACUUCUUGUCUUCUUGUCCGCUGUCAAACUUGCAUCAGACACCGUCGGUGUGAUUCUCAAAAUCGACAACAUUGUCGUCGCUCGAUGA